AUGGCCAGCACAGCAAGAGCAGCACGCCUCUAUGUAGGCAACCUCCCCUGGACUGUAGGUCAUCGUCAACUGAAAGAAUAUUUUUCCCAGUUUGGUCCUGUGCAGAGUGCUAGGGUAGUGUUUGACCGUUCCACUGGUCUGAGUAAGGGGUACGGGUUUAUUGAGUUUGCCAGUUCUUCGGAUGCUGCAGAUGCUACCAACAAACAAGUGCACACUUUAGAAGGACUAAAUUUGACAGUCCAAGCUCAAAAUAGUUAG